AUGUCAGCCGAUUUCACGGGAUCCACUCCGCGUGAGCUGUCAUUCCAACAGGGGGAUGAUCUGUUCCUCUAUCGUCGUCUAAAUGAUCAUUGGUGGGAGGGCCAGUUAGCUUCAGACUCGACCGGUACACGGGGUUUGGUUCCCCAUCUAUAUGUGAUCCCCAAGGCUGCUCUGGCCUGUUUGGCUGGACUAGGUGGGGAUACGACAGGUAUGGAUCGUAGUCAGUAUGAUGGGAUCGGCGAUGAAGACGAGGACGAAGAUGAUGAAGCUGAAGACGAAGAGGAGGAGGAACGUGAUGAAAAGAGCGCGAAGAAGGUGACUGAGUCCAGGGGUAAAGGCGAAGCACCAAACGUUGCGAACACUAUGACCGAAUCAACAGACUCGGGAUCUUUCAAACCCUCGACGAAAUCAGACGAUGUCGAGACAAAAGACAAUGGUAAGCCGCAUGAUACUUCCGAGCCUCUUCCUGCACCCGCUCCUCCACCCUCACCGCCGUCUUCUCCUCCAAGACACUCCUCACCUGCCAAAUCCAGUAGGCUCCCGGAACCAAGCUUAGCACACGACUAUUCGUCGUCGUCUUCCACACCGCAAUCCAAGCCUCACACACAUUCCACCAAGCUUGUGAUCAGCCCUUCUGCUCUAUCCCGCUCGUCAGACUCUCCAGAACGGUUGUCCCCUUCACUUCAGGGUCUCGUUGAUUCCGAAACCAAACCAACGCAUUCAGAAAGUGCCCCUACUUCGCCGAUUGAGUCAACUUUGUCGGAUGUUGGCACAUCGUCAUCAUCACCGGUCAUUCCACGUCGGUGCAAAUCGCCAUCUACCGAAUCGCCGCGGUCCGCCAGUCUCCGACAUACCGUUAGCUAUCCACUCUCAGGCGGUCUAGGUGCUGUGCCCGAAGAUGAGGCGGUUAUGCGUGGACUCAGCUCACUGGAACAGGCAGACAGUCAGGAUAGCGAUUUUCGGACCCUACAACGGACGCGGGAAUUGAGCCGCAAACUUCAACUUCCUUGUGCCAAACACACCCCUGAUCUGGUCAUGGAUUUGCCUGUGCAAACUGCCCCGUCCACUGAAGGCCUUGUUUGUUCGACACCUUCCUCCGUCUCCUCGAAUCCGGGGACAGCAGCCACCUUGAUCGAUGGAAGUAAAAGCUCUGCGGACAACUUUGCCGAGCAAGGUAUGGACACAAUGCGCAAACGACCAGAGCCACGUGCUCUGAUUUCUCGGGUCCCGGCUUUCACACGUCGUGAGGGCGUUGAUUUCAAGACUCGUUUAAACGACUCGCUUACUUCCACCACUGCGGCUACCACCACCACUACUACUGCAGUUUCAGUUCCGGGGGCCGGGGAACCAAAACGCGAAAGCCUUGAUCCCGCCCCCACAAAAGUUGCCGAAGAUUCUCAAAGCAGUUCGAUCGCAGCCCGUGUAGCCGCAUUCGAGGGUUUCAAAUCACAAAAUGACGCUUCUUUUACUCGCUCUGUUCCCCGACCUCCUCUUGCUCCCAAACCGAAGCGCAGUUGA